AUCAUCAUCGCGACGUAUCUCUCAUUGUCGGUCCUCGAUCGGCAACGCCGUUACAUACGUGCGUGCAUAUAUGUAUGCCUUCACGCGGCAGGUGCAUCGCCAGGUGAUUGUCAGUCGAAUCACGAACGCGCACGAUACUUGCGACAUUCUCGUCGCUCAGUCGUCGCUCGAGACGUGCACGUAGCAUAAAGAAAUGUCGAGGGACGUUGGAAAAGAUUUUUUGGCAAGGUCUGAGACCGAGCAGUUAUUAUCUACUGACACAUGCGGUGCCGCAUCAGAAAGACUUCAGCGAUGGUCGACGGAUAAGUCGUACCUUCAAGAUGACGUGUCGUCAUCAAAGUCAACUUCUCAGGACAAAUCCGCAUUGAAUCAUAACGUACAGAUCGGGGAAACCUCGAGUAAUCCGACUACUGUGAUAACGCUCUCUUCAAUUACCAUAAAUGACAGUGAAGAUAAUGACGAUCCGCCACCUUACAGCGCAAUCGCGCUACCAAAUCACGCUGGUUGGCCAUAUGGACUUUUUUCAUUCGGCAACAGAUAUUCCACAGACGAGGCGACCUGUAGGGUGCAAAUACCAUUGACACCUUUCCAAGCAUCUUUAAUACCAACUACAGACUUCCAUUUCCAAGGGAUUAAUGGUCAACAUGCAUUGUUACCGAUGCCUAUAACGCCAGAGCAGUUUUUCAAGUUGCAGUGUAAUAGAAAUUCUUUUGCACCGUAUAUAGAUAAUGGGAUCGCGGAAAAAACUAAUGAUAAAAAAUCACGAAGAUACGGCGCUAUUCUUGUGGCAGCGGCGGUUAUCAUCUUUCUUAUGGUUCUGUCCCUAAUGGUUCGUUUCAUCAUGGAGAGGAGUUGGUGGCGAAGAUAGCUUGUCGAUGAAAUUAGCAAUUUUUAAAAUGUUUAUUAAUAAAUCCACAAAAGAUCAUUUAUAAACGAUCAUUUAUUAAUCUGUGAUUAGAUCUUAGUGCAUAACGUAAUUUUAUUUUUAAAAUAUAGACAUUAAGACAUUUAUAAGACUUUCAUAUUAGUUAUUAUAUUUCCAAUUAAUCUUUUUCCAUAUUUUCAUUUACAUUGAUUUUGAAAUUAUAAAUGACAAAAUUUUAGAAUAUUUAUCAAUAUUAAUAUUUUGAUUAUGUCAUGUUUUCAGUGUCAAUAUACAGAAUGUAAAACAUGUAUAUAUUAUAUAUAAGAUCCGAUAGUCAUUUAAAUUUUAUUUUAUAUCUCACAAAUAAUCACCAAUUUAUGCAUUGCCAUUUUCUAAAUAUCGAAAAUGUUAGAUUUUAUAUUAUACAUUACAUAACUUGUUCAUUAUAUUUAUACGUAUAUUGGUAUAAAAGGAUAUAACUAAGGUUAUCAUAAUAUUACGCAGACAUUAAUUUUCGAUUUUCUUCAUCAAGAGAUGAACAAUCAUACAAUGUAUUUAAAAAAAUAUGUGAGCGUAAUUAAAUUCGUUUCUGUCGAUUCUUGAUUCUUA